AUGAAAUACGCCGCGAUCUCCAUCCCGGCAUCCUACGGCCGUCUCGACUCCUCCCCCUCCCCGGGCACCGUAGCUGGCAUAAUCCUCGGCUCCGUCUGCGGCUUCAUCUUCCUCCUAUACCUAAUCUACCUGGGCCUCUCCUCAGGCCGCAGAUUCAGCGGCACGUCGACCGUACCGCCGUCCGGCACGGGCACAGAGAUCUCGGAAGCGGUAUCGGCGCGAUCAUCGCGGUUCCGAAGACGGCCGAGGAGGAGAGAUGAUGUGGUUGAGGUGGAAGAGGGGAGGAGUGCGGAGGGGGAUAGUCGGAUUGUCGUGGAGGAGAGUAUGACGAGUCGGAGCCGUGGGGAUGAGGUUGUGGAGGUUAUUGAGGAACAUGGGGGGAGGUCGUCGAGGCCGUCGAGGGCUGGGACGGGGAGGAAGGGCGGGUAUAGGAGGGAUAGGUAUGAGGAUAGUGAUUAUGAGAGUUCGAGGUUUUAA